AUGCAGGCUAUCCUAGAACAAAACCUACCGAGCACUGCAGAAACCGAUUCGGUAGGUCUCGCUCCAGUUCGCCUUCUGAGGUCGUCGGAAGGAGACUGGGAGGAUCCCCGAGAGCGCACCAGUAGAAAAGUCUCUCAACUCCGAGACCUUGGGGGAUGGAAGGAGGUCAGUCGAUUUGGGGCUCCGAGUGCGAGCGCCUCCCUGCUGAACGGAGGUGGAGGAUUGGGGGAGGGAGUGAUGGGAACAGCUGGGUGCAUGAUGCCAUUGCAGUCUAAGAUGGGUCUCAAGGAUCAGGCCAAUGUGGCUGGGGCACAUCCCGGUCCUCAUGAUUCCUCUCAGCCCCAACUUCAAAGGUCUUUAUCUCAAGCUCAAGACCCAACCAGUCCAUCCAAAGAGAAGACUCCUAUGUGUCUUGUCAAUGAACUUGCCAGGCACAAUAAGAUUCAACAUCAGUAUAGAUUGAUCAAUGAAACUGGUCCUGCACAUAAAAAGACCUUCAGUGUGAUGCUCAAGCUUGGUGAUGAAGAGUACACUGCCCCAGGCCCAAGCAUAAAGAAGGCUCAGCAUGCUGCAGCUGCUGCAGCAUUGGAAAACACGCAAUACAAGAAACCAGUUCCCAAGGCUCGUGCUUGUGGCCAUCAAAUGGCACCUACAGUGGAGCUGAAUGCUGUGGCAAUGAAAAGAGGGGAGCCCUGUACAUACAGUAUUAUUGAACCACCUUCUAGAGCUUACAACCCUUAUUAUGCUCCACGUGCGACCCUGUACAACCGACCAUACACAUACAUGCCCCGGGCACCAUAUGGACCCCCAUCUAUCUUCUGUGUGUCCUUACGGGUUGGAAACAGGGAGUAUAUCGGAGAUGGUCACACCGUACAAGCAGCCAGGCAUACUGCUGCAGCCAAGGCCCUCCAAGAGCUGAGAAAUCUUCCAUUGCCUGAACAAGCCAAUCAGAAUGACUCCAAACCUAAUGACAUCAAGGCCUUGGAUCCAAAUGCAGACCUCAAGAGCCCCAUAUCCCUGGUACAUGAAGUUGCAUUGAAGCAGAACCUGUCUGUUCGCUUUGAAGUUGUUCAAGAGAGUGGCCCCCCUCACAUGAAGACUUUCAUCACCCAGUGCAUAGUUGGUCAAGAUGUUACUCAGGGUGAUGGCCAUGGAAAGAAGCUUUCCAAGAAGAAUGCUGCUGAGAAAAUGCUAGAGAAGUUGGCCCAAAUGCCUGCAGUGACCACCCCAGCAGUUGUCUCUCGAACAAAACGGAAAGUCCCCACCACUACCAAGAAGAAGAAUCGCAUCAUCAAAGAGCAGGGGAACAUGGAAUAUGGCCAAGGCAUCAAUCCCAUCUCUCGACUGAUUCAGAUUCAGCAAGCCAAAAAAGAGAGAGAGCCUGUCUAUUCUCUGCUGGCUGAAAAAGGUUUCCCACGCAAGCGGGAAUUCAUCAUCCAGGUUGUGUGUGGAGAUCACACUGCUCAAGGCUCAGGUCCAAAUAAGAAGAUAGCAAAGAGAGCUGCUGCUGAAGCAUUAUUAGAGGUCAUGGGAUAUAGCCAACCUACCCCUCAGCCAGAGAAAUCUGUGUUGAAAACUCCUGGGACCAAUGAAGAGAAAAAACCUCCUGGCAAGGCAUGUUCUUUCUUACCUAUACCCAAUAAUGUAACAUUUGUGGAUGGAGAGAUGGGAUCUGGGACUGUGAAAGGGGGGGCUGGGGGACGUCAGCUGGUCCCAGGACUCCUGCUUAUGUCUGAUAACAGUAUCCCUUCUGCUCCUCCCAAUUCAUAUCGAUUGGGAGGAGGAAGUGCUAGUGUUGGUGGUGGUGGUGGACUGAGUGGGGGAAAUGGGAGCUCUGGUGGAGGAGGUGGGAGAGAUGGACAAGGAGCAGCCAGCCAUCAGACCACAGCCACCAUUGCACAAGAGUUGCUCAAGGGUGGGAACUCUCCCACAGCAGAAGCCCUUCAAGUUCAAGGCCAGAUGUCCAAUGUCUCUCAAAAUGCUGGAGGCCCUGCUGUCAGACCCAAGCACCAGCUCUUUUAUCUCGCCUCGGUUCUCAAUUUCACUGUUCAAUUCAGUGAUUUCCCCCGAGGGAACAAGACAGAGUAUCUGAGCUUAGUUACGCUCAGUACUAGUCCACCUCAAGUAUUCCAUGGUUCUGGUCCAACUGUGGAAGCUUCUCAUGACCAGGCAGCUUUAAAUGCACUCAAGCAGUUGGCAGAAGUUGGACUGGACUCUGCUGUCAAGGAACCCACCCCACCCUCUUCUUCCAUGCACAACAGAUCCUGUAACUCUCCCACUUUCCUGUCCCAUGGCUGUGAUAACCUGUUAUUACCCCCUUCCCUAUCCCACCAUGACUUCCUUCAGAGUGGGAACAGCGGGUCAGACAGUGGCUAUCGCACCGAGUGA